AUGGGAUGCCGUCAGAGCUCGGAGGAGAAGGAGGCGGCUCGGCGCUCGCGGCGAAUCGACCGCCACUUGCGUUCGGAGAGUCAGCGGCAGAGGCGGGAAAUCAAGUUAUUGCUUCUGGGCACCAGCAACUCUGGCAAGAGUACUAUCGUCAAGCAGAUGAAGAUCAUCCACAGCGGCGGCUUUAACCUUGAGGCCUGUAAGGAGUACAAGCCCCUUAUCCUUUACAACGCCAUCGACUCACUCACACGCAUCAUCCGUGCCCUGACCACCCUUAAGAUUGACUUUCACAAUGCUGAUCGCGCCUAUGACGCCGUACAGCUCUUUGCCCUAACGGGGCCUGCAGAAAGCAAGGGAGAGAUCACUCCAGAGUUGCUAGGGGUCAUGAAACGCCUCUGGGCAGACUCCGGGGUCCAGGAGUGCUUUCAGAGAUCCAAUGAGUACCACUUAGAGGACAACACUGCUUACUACCUAAACGACCUGGACCGCAUUUCUGCACCCGAGUACAUCCCUACAGUGGAGGACAUCCUGCGAUCCCGUGACAUGACCACAGGCAUUGUAGAGAACAAGUUCACCUUCAAGGAGCUCACCUUCAAGAUGGUAGAUGUAGGUGGACAGCGGUCAGAGAGAAAGAAGUGGAUCCAUUGUUUCGAGGGAGUGACGGCAAUCAUUUUCUGUGUUGAACUGAGCGGCUAUGACCUCAAACUCUACGAGGACAACCAGACGAGCCGAAUGGCUGAGAGCUUGCGCCUCUUCGACUCGAUCUGCAACAACAACUGGUUCACCAACACCUCGCUCAUCCUCUUCCUCAACAAGAAGGACCUGUUGGCUGAGAAGAUCAAACGCAUUCCUCUGACAGUGUGCUUCCCCGACUACAAGGGCCAAAACACCUACGAGGAAGCGGCCGUGUACGUGCAGCGGCAGUUCGAGGACCUCAACCGCAACAAGGAAACCAAGGAGAUUUACUCGCACUUCACCUGUGCUACCGACACCAGCAACAUCCAGUUUGUGUUCGACGCUGUCACGGACGUGAUCAUCCAGAACAAUCUCAAGUACAUUGGGUUGUGCUAG